CGACGCCGCCCUUGCCCCGCCGCCCCCCGGGCAUGAAGACCAAGUUCUGCGGCGGCGGCGGCGGUGGCGGCGGCGCGGAGGCGGAGCCCACCCCCCUGGGACUGCUCCUCGGCUGCGGCCCCGGAGACGCCCCCGCCGGCCCCGCGCCCGAGGCCGUGGGGAAGGAGGCCGGGCCCCGCCCGCCGGUGCCGGUGCCCCCCGUGCCGGUGCCCCCCCCGGUGCCCCCGGUGCCCCCGGUGCCGGCGCCUCCGGCCGAGGAGCCUCCCGAGCCGCGCACCCGCCUUCGGGCCUACCUGUGGUGCCGCCAGUUCCUGCCCGGGGCCUGGCGGGCGCUGCGCGAGGACCAGUUCCUCAUCGCCGUCGUCAGAGGCGGCCUGAGCAACAUGCUGUAUCGCUGCUCCCUGCCCGACAGCGUCCCGACAGUGGGCAGCGAGCCGCGCCGAGUCCUCCUCCGCCUCUACGGGGCCAUCCUGCAGAUGCGCUCCUGCGGUCGAGGAGGCUCCAGGCAAGCUCAGAGCGAGAGUGACUCACAAGACGCAGAAGCCAUGGUGCUGGAGAGCGUCAUGUUUGCCAUCCUGGCCGAGAGAUCUCUCGGCCCCAAACUCUACGGGAUCUUUCCGCAGGGCCGCCUGGAGCAGUUCAUCCCGAGCCGGCGCUUGGAGACGGAAGAGCUGAGUUUGCCCGCCGUCUCUGCAGAGAUAGCGGAGAAGAUGGCCCGCUUUCAUGGGAUGAAGAUGCCCUUCAAUAAGGAACCCAAGUGGUUGUUUGGGACGAUGGACAAGUAUCUGAACCAAGUGCUCAGGAUCCAGUUCACCGAGGAGUCGCAGGUGAAGAAGCUGAAUCAGGUCCUUGGCUACAAUCUGCCCGUGGAGUUGGGGAACCUGAGGGCCUUGCUGGAAUCCACUCCGUCUCCGGUUGUCUUCUGCCACAACGACUGCCAAGAAGGGAACGUGCUGUUGCUGGAGGGUCGGGAGAACAUGGAAGGGCAGCGGCUGAUGCUCAUCGAUUUUGAAUACAGCAGCUACAAUUACAGCGUCCAGCACGAGACCCUGGAGGGGCCGGCUGAGCCAGGAGCAGAGAGAUCGGCAACUCCAGGCUUCGACCUGGGCAACCACUUCUGCGAGUGGAUGUACGACUACCGCCACGACCGCCCGCCCUUUUUCCGUGCCAGCAGCCGCCACUACCCCACCAGGAAGCAGCAGCUCCACUUCCUGAGCAGCUACCUGGCCGCCUCGCACCCCGGCUUCGCCAGUCUCAGCCCCGAGGACCAGGCUGCCAUCAAGGAGGAGAUGCUGGUGGAGGUCAACAGGUUCGCCCUGGCCUCCCACUUCUUCUGGGCCCUGUGGUCCAUCGUCCAGGCCAAGAUCUCAUCCAUCGAGUUUGGCUACAUGGACUACGCGCUGGCCCGGUUCGACGCGUACUUUGAGCAGAAGAGGAAGCUACGGGUGUGAGGGGCAGAGGGCGGCCCCCUUCACCCCGACGGGCGGGCACCGCCGGCCCCAGGCGGAGAGCCCGGCGGCGACGGGACGCCCCGCGGGCUGGGGGGCCCGGCUUGGCCCCCGCCUCAGUAAAGGCCGUUCAAACGUCCCGUCGCCUUCGACCUCGUUUACUGGUCCCGGGGGCCACGGCUGAGAGGUCAGCCGCAAAAAUGGGGUCUUUCUUUAGUGCAAUAGCUUCCCCCCUUAUCCGGGAGCGGGAGGGGCCGCGGGGAGGGGGGCGAGACGGGCGGAGGCUGGCCCGGCUCCCACGGUCCAGUCUUGUUUAUGGGAGGGACCGGUCUCCUAGAGGAGCCGGGGGGAGCGCGGCUCGUCCCCACCCCGGCGACGGGGGCCAGUUGGUCCACGGGCGGCCCUCGGCGGCCUGGCCUCCCCACAAGGCCGCCGACCCUCCGCCGUGAGACCGCGUCCCUCCGGCACGGGCCGGGCCGCGGCUCCGCAUCCCCAAGAGGGCGGGACCCCUGAAGCUGAAGUUGGGUGGGGGCAAGGUGGAGCCUUGGGGCUUGGGCCCUGCCUGGCCGUGUCUCCCUGCGGCGGUCUGGCAGGCGGCCCCCUCCUCUCCCCCCACCCCCAGCCUUUAUCAAACUCAAAAUAAAAGUUGUA